AUGCACACCUUUGAUGCGGUGGAAGCUGUUAGCGCACUGCGUUUGUUCUCCACCUCUGCCAUUAAACCUGCUCAACAUGUAUUCAGAGGAGACACAGUCACUCUCAGAUGUGACAUAUAUGGUGAAGGAGUCACUAGCUGGAGCUACAACUGGUAUAAAGAAGGUUCAACCAGUGUUUUCAGUGAAGUACAGGAACACACAUUCAGUUCUGUUACUGAGUCUGACGCAGGUAAAUACUCCUGUAAAGGAUCAGAGACAGAAGGAUCACGCUGGUCACAAAUGAGUGAUGCAGUUACACUGACAGUAUCAGAAAGACCAAAAGCCAAAGUGACCAUUAAACCUGCUCAACAUGUAUUCAGAGGAGAAACAGUCACUCUCAGAUGUGACAUUUAUGGUGAAGGAGUCACUAGCUGGCGCUACAGCUGGUAUCAAAAAGGUUCAAUCAGUGUUUUCAGUUAUCGACAGGAACACACACUCAGUUCUGUUACUAAAUCUAAUGCAGGUAAAUACACCUGUAAAGGAUCAGAGACAGGAGGAUCACGCUGGUCACAAAUGAGUGAUGCAGUUACACUGACAGUAUCAGAUCCCAGAGCAGUUUUAAGUGUUUCUUCACAGAAGUGGUUGACUGAAGGAGAUCCAGUGACUCUGAUCUGUGAGGUUUACAGUUUCUCUACAGGCUGGACAUUCAGCUGGUUCACUUUAACUAUCUCAGCAGGUAAAUUAUAA